AUGGCAGACGUCGAAAUGAGCAACUCUGCCGCUGAUGCGGCUUCCAACAAGACUGAGAGACUCCCCAUCACUGUCUCCAAGCCCACUCCCUACACCUUCGACCUGGGCAAUCUGAUGGUCAACGAUCCAAACCCGCUGGAGCUCCCGGAAGGCGAGCCCCUCAACGAUUCCCUCAAGGCCAUCGCCCGUGACGGCGCGCAAUGCCUGCUGAACCAGCUCCUGACGACAUGCAACAUCACUUCAUCUGCCCAGAACGGCGUGCUCCUCAACCUGCCCGCCCCCGCCACCGCCGUCCCGCGGCACAAGCCGCUGCCAACCCCCAAGGCUCCCACCAAGUGGGAGCUGUUCGCGCGCAAGAAGGGCAUCGGCAAGUACAGCCAGAGGCCUGGCGUCGCCCUGGCCGACAAGGAGCGCCGCAAGAAGCUGGCGUACGAUGAGGCUUCCGGCGAAUGGGUGCCCCGGUGGGGCUACAAGGGCAAGAACAAGCCCGAGGACAACCAGUGGGCUGUUGAGGUUAAAGAGGAGGACUGGAAGAAGGAGGAGGAAGCUGCUGCGAAGGGUGGCUCGAUCCGUGGAAUCUCGAGGGCUGAUCGCAAGGAGCGUAUCAAGAGGAAUGAGCGCAAGGAGCGGGCUAAUGAGCGGCGGUCGAGGAAGCCUGGCAGUGGCUAG